AUGAAGCCUCAGACUGCUGCUUUCCUUCUCAGCCUUCUCGGCUCUACCCUGGCUGCCCCCAUCCAGCACGCCGACAAAGGGUCCGAUGUAAAGCCCACUCCUACCGGACAGGGCGCUCCUGGCGGAUUCCUCACUGGCUUCCCCUCCGGUAUCCCCUCUGGCAUGCCAUCCGGUUUCCCUGGUGGUCCCAUGCCAUCCGGCCCUGUUCCCACUGGCGCUGCUCCCUCCGGCUUCCCUUCAUUCGGCACUGGUCCCGCUCCCUCUGGCGCUCCCCAGGGCGAGGAAGGCAGUACCUCCUUCGGCGGCCAAGGUGUUCACGCCCGCUCUCCACAGGAUUUCGAGGGUUCGGGCGCUGCUCCGUCUGGUGCUACUCCCUCUGGUGCCAUGCCCACCGGCGCUGCUCCCUCGGGCGCUCCCGGUGGCUUUGGCGGUUUCGGUCAGGGUGGUCAGGGCGGCCCAGGAGGCCCAGGCGAGGAAGGCUCUGGUCCUUCUCCUACCGGCGCUGUCCCUUCCGGAGCCAUUCCCUCUGGAGCCGCUCCUUCCGGCGUAGUUGGAGGCUUUGGCGGUUUCGGACAGGGAUCUCAGAACUCUGGCAACGCCCAGUUCCAAUCUUCUGGCACCUCGCCUUUCGGUGCUUCCCAUUCUGGAUCGGCUAGCGGUCGUCAGGGUGGCCGUCACGGUGGUGGCCACCGUGGUCAACACGGCAAAGGCUCUGGCGCGAUUCCUUCCGGUGCUGCUCCUUCUGGUGCCGCUCCCUCUGGCGCUGCGGGAGGUUUUGGUGGUUUUGGACAGGGCGGCGAGGGUUCUGGCCCCUCUCCUACUGGCGCUGUUCCUUCGGGUGCUGUCCCCUCUGGUGCUGCCGGAUUCGGUGGUCAGGGUCAGGGUCAGGAGCAGGGUCAGGGCCAGGGUUCAUUCCCCACCGGCGUCGCUCCAUCUGGCGUUCCCUCUGCCCAGCCUACUGCUUGA